UCCGACUUGGUUGUGAUAUUUCCUAUCAAUUCAGGCCUGAAAACCUCCGCGCAGGACUCCCGUCGUUACUUUUGCCGCGCUAAAAAUUCCUCGGUGGAAACUUGGUGACCGGAUAAACUCGCGAAAGCUUCUUCUGAGAGCUUAGCUGGCUAGAAAACAGUCGCGAGGGUAACGCGCGGCGACUCUCGUGCGAAAAUGUGCGCAGGGCGCGUGAAAGAAGAAGAGGCCGGCGAGGAAGUUUGCGCCGCGAAAGAGAAGGAGCGCAAACGUCAACUCCUGGACGCCUUUCGCCAGCAGCCUCGAGUUGUGUUACACAGAGCAGAUCUUCGCCCUGAGAAGCAGACGCCGCAGACGCCACACGUGAAACGCGACGAGCAGGAGGACCCAAUCGCCGGGUUGCCAUUGACUGGUGUCACUUUGAAAACUGCAGACGAUGAAGGGGACCACUGUGGGGGAACCCGAUCAGAAGGCGUCUCGGCUCAACGGUCAGAUAGUGACGAUGUGACGUCACACUCAUCUGACUAUGAUGAGGAGGAGGAGGAUGAACGGUCGAAAGACGUCGGCGAAGAAGAUCAGCGGCAGUCCCCGCAUAGGAUCAAAAAGGAGGAGGAGCCGGAGACGCCACACGUGAAAGACGAAGAGCAGGAGGACCAAAUCAGCAAGUUUCCCUCGACUGGCGUCGCUUUGAAGGAUGAAGACGAUGACGGAGACCGCUGGGGAGGAUCCCAAGCCGAAGACCUCUCGGCUCCGCUGUCGGAGCGUGACGACGUAACGUCGCGCUCUUCUGAUGAUGACGACGAUGAUGAUGAAGAACACUCCAAAGGUGAAAUGACGUGUGACACUGACAACAAAUGCUUCCAGUGUUCUGAUUGUGAUUGUGACAAAACAUUGUUGAAAGAACACACAAGAACAAAUACGGGGGGAAAACCUUUUGCCUGCUCAGUUUGUGGCAAAAGAUUCACUCAAAAGAGAUACUUAACAAUUCAUACACGAUCUCACACAGAAGAAAAAGCUUUCGUCUGCUCAGUUUGCGGUAAAAGAUUCUCUACAAAGUCACAUUUAGCGAGCCACACAAAAACACACACUGGAGAAAAACCUUUUGCCUGCUCAGUUUGCGGUAAACGAUUUCCUUCAAAGUCACAUUUAACAGAACACACAAGAACACACACUGGAGAAAAACCUUUUGUCUGCUCAGUUUGUAGUAAAACAUUCUCUAGAAAGGCGCAUUUAAAAAAUCACACAAAAACACACACCGGAGAUAAACCUUUUGCCUGCUUAGUGUGUGGUAAAAGAUUCAUUCAAAGAUGGUCUUUGCCUGCACACACAAGAAAACACACUGGAGAAAAACCUUUUGCCUGCUCAGUUUGUGGGAAAAGAUUUAUUCAGAAGGGAGAUUUAACAAGUCAUACAAGAAUACACACCAUAGAAAAACAUUUUGUCUGCUCAGUUUGUGGCAAAAGAUUCUCGUCAAAGAAAUAUUUAACAAUACACGCAAGAACGCACACUGGUGAAAAACCUUUUGCCUGCUUAGUUUGUGGUCAAGGAUUCACUGAUAAGGGAAGCUUGAAAAGACACACAAGGACACACACCGGAGACAAACCUUUUGCCUGCUCAGUUUGUGGUCAAACAUUCACUCGAAAGGCGCAUUUAAAAACGCACACAAGAAUACACGCUGGAGAAAAACCUUUUGCCUGCGCAGUUUGUCAUCAAAGAUUAUCUUCAAACUCACAUUUAACAAGACACAUAAAAACACACACUGGAGAAAAACCUUUUGCCUGCUCAGUUUGCGGUCAAACAUUCACUCAAAGAAGCUCGUUGACAACGCACACAAGAACACACACCGGUGAGAAACCUUUUGCCUGCUCAGUUUGCGGUCAAAGAUUCACUCAGAAAGGAGCUUUAACAAAACAUAAGCCCACACACUGGUGA